UUUGUUUAAUUCUUAAAAUGAGGCGGAGAUAUCCAUGUUCCGAUGCCUCCAACAUCCCUUGGUAAUUCCACAUGACAGAUCAUCACCAUGCACCAACCUCAUCAAUAUUUUCAUACAAAGCAAAGGUCUUGCUCGUUGUGCUCAUCUGCGCAAAGUCAUGACAGAGCUUCAGAGCAUCAGCCAAACACCAGAAAAGGUGCCCGGGGAUGCCGUCUCCAAAGAACAAGAGAUGGUGAUUGAGGAUGUUGUCUUCAAAGAACAGGAGAUGACAACACCAGAAAUACUUGGAAACCCGGAGCAACUCGAGAAAGUUAGAGACGCUUACAAAGAACAUGCAAAGGUAGAGGAUCCUCCUACAAUGGCAGAGCUCAUUGGAUGGUACCUCUAUGGUCUCUCCACAUACUUUAUUCAGACAGUCCUUGUCCCUGUCCUCUUCCCAUUGAUUGUUGCACAGGUUGCAUCACCAACCGACGGCAUCCCCCCUUCAAUCACUCACACAUCAAGACACAUUCAGUGUGCGAAACAAGAGAUGCUACUGUAUCAAGUGCUUGUAGAUGAUACAAUCAGAGUUCAUGCCUCCAAGUUCUCUCCGUUACGCUGGGUUGCAGUUUCAUGGUCCGUGGCAAUACUCAUCACCUUUCCACUCAUUGUCCAUACUGCACACCAACUCGACAGCAAUGAAGGCUGGAGCCACACCAUCAUCCUCUCGUGCACUGCCAUUGUCGGCCCUCUCUCCUGCAUCCUCACUGGUUUCUUCCAAACAACAUGGCUAUUUCCAAUCUACAUUAUACUUGUUGUACUAGCCAGCACCAUCGGUGCCGCUGUCCAUGGCCGCAACCUCAGCCUAAUUGUUCAUGGCCUUGUGAGUCACAGCUAUAUCAACAAGCAACCUUUUCGAUGGAGAAAAUCAAAGACAAGCUGGCUAUCAUCAGCCUCGACUGCCUUAGGCUGCAUUGGUGCAAUGAUCAUUGCCGCCUUUACAUACCAUAUGCUCCGGCGAGACGACGCUCUCACAAGUUUAUGGGUGGUUUCCAUCUUCAGCGGCUUGCUAUGGGUCCUCGGUGUCAGCCACGCAUUCCUCACAAAACGCCCGGGAGUCUCAUUGCAAUCCUCUUCCCCUUGGCUUUGUCCUCUAUCUAUCUCCAAGUACCCCCACGCCAUUGGAGGUCUUGCAAGCACUUUCUUCUCGUCCUUCUCAUCAUCAUGCAUCUUCGCCGCCACUGUUCUCUUCGUUGUCGGUAGCCUCUGCAUCAAGCCACUCAUCGUGCUAGCAAUGUGGCUUAUUUACUUCACUAUCCCUGCGUUCACUCUGCCAUUGUUCCACCCUGUUUUGCAGUCAUUGAUCAAAACUGAUGCUGUGAGAAUGCAACUGCUUGGACUCUUCAUGUCUGCACUGUCUUCAGGGAUAGGAUUUUACUUCAGAGAUGAUAACUGGCAUGAAGCACACAUCUUAAUGGUGGCUCUUCUCCAGGGUGGUGCAGUUGGACUCUUGCAUGCAUUUGGGCAGGUCUUAGUCACAGAUUGCUCACCUAGAGGAAAAGAAGGAGCUUUCUCUGCUUGGUACGCAUGGCUGAGGGCUGCCGGAGCAUGCAUAGGAUUCACUGUUGCUGUGGCGUUCCCAGGCAAUGUUGGAACCACGUUCGGGUUGUCAUUCUUGUCCAUCGUCUUGGGAGCUCUUGUGCUUGUCUUUGGAAACACAAGCCAUUGGCGAGGAGCUGUAUCUGCUGGUCAUGUUAAAGAAAUACAAGAAACAGAAUCACCAGUAAAUGGAUCGAGUAUUUUUCCCUGAUUUUGUGUACCUUGUUUGUUUUCAUGAAUUGUUC